AUCCCCACUUCUUAGGUUUUAAUCUGUUAUUUGCCAGCAGCGAAAUACCGAUCCUAUCUGUCCUUUCCUGUCUCGUGAAUUUUCCGCAACGAUAACGACUAAUAACAACUUCUAUAUCUUGUUACAAAUAUUGAUUUGGAUUAACAAUCAUGGAGCAACUAGAAGUAUUAAAUAAAUAUUAUACUAAUCUAGAUUACGAUAAGAACGACAAAGAAACAGCACUGAAAGAAAUACAUGAGUUAUCCGAGAAAAGAUUUAAUACUGACAUCUCUAUUUCAACCAGGCUGGGCGUACUGGCAAAUUUAAUACAAGAGAACAUAUCGCCUUUUAAAUCUGUUUGUAGACACGUAGAUGUGAUUGAUACUAUUGUAGGGUAUUUAAAAUUUUAUGAACAAGAGAUGAAGUAUGUCAGCGGUGAUAUGUUGAAGGAUACUCUUAGGAUUAUCUUUCCAUUAUUGGUUACACUCUUCAAUAUAUGUGAUGAAUCUGCAAUACAAUCAUUUUUGCUAUAUCCUAUCUUCACAGAUUCCUCAAUAGACUUUGAUAAAGCCUGUAAAAAGAUAAAAUACUGGCAAAGUUCAGUUGGGAUAGAGAGAGAAAUAAUAGUUCUAGAGGAUUCAGACAUGUAUGCGGUUAUUAACUGUUUAAUAAUAACAGAUAAAUGUCUUUUACAUAAGAUAUGGGUGCAGAAACAAGUGAAAGAAAAAUUUGUAUGGCUUAUGAAGAGACAUUAUUCAGACAUUACGGCUUAUGAAGAGAUGUUACUCAUUAUUGAUACAUUUCAAUCAUUCAAAGAUAUUCAACUCCAUGAAUGUGCGACUAAUAUAAUAAAUAUAGUAUCUAUAUGGUCCGAAGAUAUUGUAGCUGCGAAGAAUUUAGCGCUGUCUUUAAAUUGUCACGCAGUAUUCAUAAAUACACAUAUGGAUUUCUCUGAUGGUUGUCACACAUUUCUCCCUUACAAAGAAAUAGUUGACUAUGUAAAGAGUCAACGAACCUUGAAUGAGAUUCGCGAGAAGGAAUCAGUUUCAUCUGAGACAGAACAAAGUGUAAAUGUAGUACAUCUCUCACAUAUCGCGGACAUAAACUUUACUUCAAUUUUUAAUCUGUUUUACGAUGGUACGUGGCAAGAGCCUGUAAAGGGCCUGUAUUGGAAGCAUAAUGACAACUUGUGGGCAAAUGCAACAAACCAUGAUAUUAUAAGAUGCUAUGAGUCAGCUGAGAAGGGAUUCAAAACUUGGAGUAUUAAGCCCAUUAAGACUAGAAUACAAAUAUUAUCAAAACUAGAGUCCAUAUUAAAAUUUAAUAAUAAAUUUGCAUUGGCAGCUAUAGUGACAAGAUGGUUAAAAUUCUUAUAUUUAUGUCCCAUGAACGGAUAUGUAUAUCAAAAUGGAAAGGCAGAGAUGACGGACGUUCGUAAGCCAUUAGGUGUUAUCAUUCUUAGGGAGGAAAAAGAAAGCGUCUUAUUAUUUCGAUUAAUGCAAACUUUAAUUGCUGGCAAUUCUGUCAUUGUGAUGUUUGAUGCAAAUUUUUGUAAUCUGACACCAUAUUGUGAUAUGUUCUCAACAUGUGGAAUACCUCCAGGCGUUAUAAAUUUGUUGUCACAUGAAGACGCAAAUAUGCUUGAACAUAAAUUAUGCUCAGAAAAGUACACAGACUAUGCAGAUAGGUAUUUUCUAAAAGGCACCUCUAAAGAUGCAUAUGUUGGACCAUAUCUCAACCUUACUACAACCAAGUACAUUAUAGUUCGUCUUAAAUAAUUUUGAUGAUGUAGCCAGGGUUUGUUUUAAAUGUAUGUACACAAAUAUAAUCAUCUUGAUAUACUUCAGUAUUGUGAUUUUAGAAGAAAAUUUAUGUCGUUUAAUCAACUGUUAAAAAUAGAACUGAUGGUUAGAUAAUUGUGUUAUGUUUUGUAGAUAGAGGCUAUAAAUAUUCACGCAGGUUUUGUUUUUAUUCGUAUAGUUUCAUUUGUAUAUAUAUAUAUAGAAAAUUGUAAAAUUUAAUAGCAAUAUUAUUAUGAAAAUACUUAAUACUUUCAGUUGUAGACUAUUAUGUUUCUAAAAUAAUAUACAGCAUUUUCA